AAACUCGGGACCAGAGUCAGUCAAGAUCAGAACAAGAGCCAGUUCAAGAAGAAAUCGAUACAAGUCGUGUUCAAUCCACUUCUCCAGUAUGGCUGCACAAGCGCUCCGCGACCGGCAAGCUCCUAUCAAGCAGCAAUACAAAGACGAUCCGAACACCGCCAUUAUCACAUUGAACGCCUCGGGCACGCUCGAUUCAAGCAGCAUAACAUGCAAGCUCGAUACCGGCAAGCAAAUGGCGCAGGCACAGCAAAGGAUUGCUGGGCUGCAUCAAAAGGCGGGAGGGGAGGGGUUCGAAGUGUCUGGAGAGCUGUGCAGUGGUGACAUGUUGCUAGAAGCCCUCGUGGCAUGCGCAGGCGUGACAUUAAAAGCGGUGGCAACAGCAAUGGAUAUUCCGAUAAAAGAGGGUGCGGUAAAAGCAGAGGGUGACUUGGAUUUCAAGGGAACCAUGGGCGUGGACAGAAAUGCGCCAGUUGGCUUCAAGGACAUUCGCCUGUCAUUCGAUUUGACCUUUGCAGAUGGAGCAGAUGUUCCCGAAGAGAAGGUUGAGAAGCUUGGAAAGCUGACGGAGCGAUACUGUGUCGUUUUCCAGACGCUUGCCAAGAAGCCCGAACUGAGCGUACAGCUGCGUGGGACGCAAAAGAGUUCGGAGGAUGGUAUUGACAAGAGUGUGGUUUGGGGGCAGAGGGCAUAGGCUGAGACAGGCUCAUCUCGAUCGGAGAUUAUGGGCGACGCGUGUUGGUCGGAUCAUAUCCGGGGUUGCGUCAGUCUACUUGACCCCUCGCCUUAGCUCGGGGAUUCAAACUAUACGUAAAAUCGCAAUUUGCUAGUAGGCUAU